CGGACACUUCUAACGAAAUCCCCAUCCUCCUCUUCGCUGGCUAAUGCAUCCAGAGGGUGUUGAUCCUUGCUUGUUGCAAGAGCUCCUUGGCCCUCAGUGAGUGAACUCGGUUACCGUCAGCCUCCUACCGGCACGUACAUCGUUGAGGAUCAAGGCCAGCGAGCUAUGUCUGUCAGGUGGGUGAAGAGGGCACCUGGGGAGGGCACACACGCACACAGACAAUCAUACCACCACACCACUGCACAGCACACACUGUACACUUACGCCCGACGCCCUCUGAGGCCCGAUCGCUGAUCUGUGGCUGAUUGUGUGCUGUUUGGCUUGCGCCGCUGUGGUGUGUUCCUUGGCUGCAGCCCCCUGCUCCCCGCCUCUCGGUUCGCCGAGUCUGACGGCACCCCGCAGCACUCGACGACCGUCCACCAUCGGCACCCGAGGUCUGCCAGCGAGCGGGAGAACCUCUCACGGCCGCUCAGCUGGGUGCGCAUGUUCGAGCGGAGCCGGAGCGCCGUAUGGCGUGACGACGACUCGCAGAGCCACUCGACCAGCAGUAGCGGCCACGGCCAUGGCAAGCCCGACAUCGAGAGCCCCUCCCACCCCUCCCCUCCCCACUCCCACAGCCACCACCACCUCCUGCCAUUCGCCAGGGCGGGCAGCUCGCUGCGGCAGUCCAUGGCAACCAUCACCCUCUCGCGCGCACUCUUCCUCUGGGUCAUGUCACUCUGUAUAGCAUUAUCCAUCUACCUCGCCACCCCAGCCCUCUACUACCUCUACUUCAAGGCACGGUGUAACUGCCCACAGGCCGGCGACGGCGUGGGGCCAGGCGGCACCACCCUGGCGGCCUUCGAGGUGGCCCCACCGGACAGUUCUUCCCUCUCAGAUCGGCGGUUCUCGAACCAUCCCCUGAUGGACUCUAUGUGUUGCGAGCUGACGAAGCUCUCCGAGGACACGUACUUCAAUCAGGAGGACGACACGGUGGUCAACGACACGUCUACGGCGUCGAGCAGCAACACCAACCAGACCGGCUUCUUCCGGCGCAUGUGCUCACCAUGCGUCAAGAAUGAGACCCAAGCCGAGCUCACUCGGCUGGACGCCUCGCGGCUGCCAGACGAGUACGUGUUGGUGCUCGAUGACGACUUUUCGGACGGCCUUGACCGGUCUCGGUGGGACUUUCGGCUGGACACCAAGGUGCCCACGUGCCACAGCGACGCCGACUGCGUGUCCACGGAGGAGGGCGAGCUCAAGAUUCGCAUGCUGGACCAGAGGAAGCUGACCGAGAUCAAGAAGGAGAGGAGGCGGAGAAGGCUCCAGAUGAUAGAGGACGGCCUCGAGGAGAACGGGCAGGGGAGUGGGGGGUGGGGGUCGGAUGGUGGUGCGGCAGGGGCGGUAGGCAACGCGACAGCUGCUGAUGGUGGUGGCACGCCCCGGUGCGAUUUCGCGGGGGGCGGCAUCGUAUCUCGGCGGCCGUUCGAGUAUGGUUACUUCGAGAUGAAGGCCAAGAUGUGGCACCAGCUGGGCUGGCACCAGGCAUUCUGGCUCACUUCAUCGAAGGACCUCAGGACGUAAGACACUCACACACGCAGGAUGCGAUCGAUGCCUGUGUGUAGAGAGAUGUGACGGGAUGACGGAAAUGUAUGUUUGAUUGUGUGUGUGUGUGUGUGUGCAGCCCGGCUCCUGGUCCGCGUCAGGAGAUCGAUAUCCUGGAGACCAGAUCAGGGCACAAAAGCAUGACUUGGAACGUCCACAGGUCCGCUACGCUACACACCCACACAGAGACAGCGGAAGAAAGGAUCCAUCCAUCAGCUUAGCUAGCUUGUGUGUGGUGACCGCAGGUGGGCGCCUAAGCCCCACGAGAAGCUGGCCGGCAAGUACAUCCAUCCUGUGCCCGACCUGAGUGAAGACUACCAUACGUGGGGCUUCCUAUGGACACCCACUGAGGUACCUACACAGACAGCCACACACCACACCACAGACUCUCAGAUAAGAUGCGCUCAACCGUCCGUCCACCUCUCGUGUGGGUCGUGUCGUGUGUGUCAUUCAUGUGGUCAGAUGGUGUGGUACUUUGACUCGUACGAGACGGGUCGGAUCUCGCUGAGCUCUCUGGACAUCCAGCUGCGCGACUGGACGCCUCACCACGUGUGGGUGACGGCCAUCUGCCUGGGCACCACGUACAAGCAGAUCAAGACCAAGCAGCUCCCGGGCGUCAUGCACGUCAAGUACGUCAAGGUCUUCCAGACCAAAGACGACAUCCAGAGGCAACGAAUCACCGAGAUCGAAAGGAGGACGGGAUCGGGCUUCGGUGUCCCGCCCGCACUGCCGCCCAGGCCACACAUCAAGCAGCAGCAGCAGCAGCAACAGCAGCAGCAGGUGCAGCAGCCAGCGGGUGACGAGACGGUUCGGGAUUCUGUAGACGUGCUGUCGGUGGUCGAGGAGAAGCGGGGCUCGGGCGUGUCGAUCAUGGCACAGCUCCAGCACCAGGAGUCACAACAAGAAGACCGGCCCGAUGGCGUCGACCAAGACCCGCCCCCUCAACCCGAGAGCGACCUCUGGAGUGCCGACGACACCGUCACUGUGGCCCCUCCCCUUUCGCCCCUCUCGCCCCUCUCUCCCCUCUCCCCCCUCACUGGUGAAGAUGACCAAGUCUUUCCCCCUUUCCCCCCGCUGGCGUCUUCAUCCCGCCCCCUCUCCCCCCAGCUGAGCGACUCAGAAGUAUUUCGGCCGCUGAACCAUCGGCCAAACACGCUCAUCGAGCGCUCACAAACACGGCAGCAGAACCAGCACCAGCAGGAGCAGCUUCCAGAAGAUGUCGAAUGGAGGGACACACAGCAGCAGCAGCAGCAGCCCGUCAGGCCUGAUGGCGGGGGUGAGGUGUUCGGCCGCAUGAGGGAGCGGGUGGAGCGGUGACAGUGGCGGAGAGAGGGGGCUGGGUCAGAGAGAGAAAGUGGGAGAGGGAGAGAGGGAUGAUGAUGGAUGGACGAGGUAGGGACAGAUUUGUUGUGCAAUUGGUUGACGAGACAGAACGAGUGAAGAUGGAUGGAUGGAUGGAAUGACGAAGGUCGGUGGGUGGGCGGGUGGAUGGAUGACGCAGCUGACGGGUGGGUGCGGUGACAAGAGGGUUUUGUGUCUCUUUUGCCCUCUUGCGGUGCGGUCGGUGCGUAUCUGUCUAUCUGUCUGUUAUCUACCCACCUCUGUAGCACACUAGAUGGAUGGAUGGAUGGACGGCUAGGGAGGGGCCAGAGACGCACUCGUCGGGGCGGUGCGGCCCGGAAGGCGCAGCGACGUUCGAGCAUGGCCUUGAUGAUGACGAUGCAUUCAUUGCAUGGUGGAUUCAUUCACUUUAUGCAUGCCAUGCGUGUGUGGACUCAUUUCUGUCUGUUCCGUGAUGAUGGAUGGAGUCAGGCGGUCUAUACGUGUGUGCGUGAGAUAUGACACCUACCUAACGAUCCAGUGGGGGAACUGGUUUGUGUGAAAAGAGGAAGGGAGGGACAGAUGGGCAGAAUGGAGAGAGAGAGAGAGAGAGAGAGAGGGAUGGAGAUGAGACGAGACGAGACGUACACACGUACAGAUGCGUGUUCGCGGGCCGGGCUGGGCCCACAUCUGAGUGGAUGAGUGAGUGCAUUGGAUUGGAUGGAUGGGGUGAUUAUUGAAUGAUCAUCGUGAUGUUCCGAUAUGAUAUCAUGAUAGCAUGAAUGGAUGACUAUAUUAUCCGGCGGGACGGACGUUUUUGGUUUUUCUGUUGGCUGCAUGGCAUGGCAUAUGGCAUGGCAUGGCAUAUGGCAUGGCAUGGCAUGGCAUCAUCCACCACACUCAUCCAUCCAUCCAUCCACACACACAGACACACACGCACGCAUAUACAUACGUGUGAUAACGGUACUACGAUACGGUAUGGGCUGAAUGGUAACUACCUACCGGGCUCGUUGGUUGAUGGACCAACCAAUGAUGACACACAGACAGACAGACAGACAGACCGACUGGCUACCACUGUUCUAGGUCUGUUUGUGGCUGUUAUGCUGUUUGGGCGUGUGCUGUGGUGCGUGUGUGUCUGUGUGUGUGUGUUGGGGGGCGGGGGGGAAGGUUGGCCGGCUGCACGAAAGACAGACAGGUCGGGCGGGGCGGGCUGCGAGGGGCGGGGGCGGGUGUAUAAUAAUGUAGAGCGCAUAUUGGCUGCUGCUGCUGCUGCUGCGGCUACACACUCCUAAUUGAUCGACCUCUAUCUAUAUUAUAUCUGUCUCUCGCUUCUUCGCUCUAUAUUAUCUAUCUGCCUAUGCCGUCCUUCUCUGUCUGCCCAUCUCGCGCCUCUCUCGUCUGUCUGUCCGUCUCAAUGAAUGGGCCGCUGAUAGAAAUGCUAUGCUGAGCAUAGCACGUACACACGCAGUCUCUAGAGAUAGCCCCCAGACAAACAAAGAAACAAAGGCGGUGGACCAACGGCAUGGCGGGCAGCUGUGUGGUUGCCAUCCAUCCAAACCAUACGCACCGCACCCUCACUCACCUCUCUCUCUCCCUACCUAAUGGCGUGCAUGAGUGCUGUACAGACCUAACGAAUGAAUGCGCGGGUCGGCCAAGCGUGUGAUGGGUUGAUGGGUGGAUGGAUGGACGAUGUGUGUUGCGCCGCCACCCGAGCCAUUUCUUUCCGCCUCUCUGCCUGCCUGCCUGCCUGCCCGCCUGCCUAUAUGUUAUGUUGUAGUUUUUUCCUUUUUCGUGAUCUCGUCCUGCAUGCUUGGAUGGAUGGAUGCGUGAAUGCGCACACACAUUGUGAAUGUCAGCGAGCCCACUGCCACACACACAGAGCAGCCUUUUUGACCGACCGGCCGGCCACGGAAGGGGCAGUGAGUGCGCUUGCAGGGUGCUGCGUGCUGACGUGUUGUGUUGUGUUGUGUCCUACUGCCUUCUUUUCUUGUGUGUGUACAGCCUUCAGAGUGUGUGUGUGCGCAUCCGGUUUUAUAGGGGUGUCUGUCUGUGUAGUGUCUGAGUGUUGUGAUUACGUAGCCGUUCAGCUCAGGGGGGCGAGAGGCGUCCGACGGAUACAUAUAGAGCGCGCCCCCUGCCCACUUAACACAGACAGCACACAAGCAGACAGACAGACAGACAGUCGUAAUGCCAUCCACACAUGCACACAUGGAUCCGCUUUUUGGCUCCUCCCUGCGUUGCCUUGCGUUGCGAUGUGGUGUGUGGUGUGUUGUGUUGUGCUGUGAGUGGUGACCAUUUAUCGAUGGAUGACGCCGUGCACCGACUUGCCCCCACACACACUGCCUGCCUGCCUGCCUGCCUGCCGAUGUUGCCUGUCUGCGCACAUACAACACCAUCCAAUCUCCGUGUGUAUCAACGGGUGCCUACGUUUUUGCCAUCAAUCCAACAGCCAGCCAGCCAGCCGUUCAGCCACAUGCACCAUAUAUGGGUGUGCAUAUAUAGUGUACUGUGUCAGUCGGGGGGCGGGUGAAUGGCUUAAGUGGGGGUGCAGGGGGUGGGGCGGGCCACUCACACACCACACGACACGCACGCGCACACACGGGCGAAUGGAUGGAUGGAUGGAUGGAUCGACGCAUCGACGGACCGACCGGCUGACCGAUUUACAAGUUUUUGGGGUCCAUCGAUCGUUUUUUCUGGCUGUGUUGUGUGUAAUCCAUCAAUGGACGGUACGGUAUGCACUGCUAAGGCCAGGACAACACGAUGCGCCAGGACUCGGUGGGUGGGCGGGCGGCUGGUUGACGCGCUCUCGGUAUGUAAAGUUUUGUGGACCCUCUUGCUGGCUGCUACAUACCGUCCGUAUGAGGACAGGUCGUUUACCUCUCCUCUCUCUCGCCCAUGGUUUGUGUUUCCUCUGGUCGGUCCUGCUUUGGCUCUUUCUCAUUCUCGUCUACUCUACGGAUGGAUGUGUUUUAUGGAUGGAGGGAGGGAUGGUUCUAUCCUAUCUACCUUGCGUCCGCUGUCUUGUGUGGUGCCGUGAUGUCUUGUGGUGUGUGUCGGUGUCAUCGGCUGCAUGUGUCUGAAGCCGUGCAGAGGGAGAGGUCGUCUUGCCGUCACGCGACAGCCCGUGUGACGCGCCAAGAUCACACCUCGUUCAGCAAGGCAUCGGCAGGCAGCCGUGACCGCCUAUCUAUCGCACUGUGGUGUAUGUGGAUCAUUCGGCGUGCCAUCUCCCUUGGGCAGCCAGAUGAGUGACGACGCAUCGUAUACACUCGCCAGCCAAAGGGAAGGGAGACAGACGAGGAGUGAGUGGUGUGCCGGCUGCUGUGCGUGCCUACGGUCUUUCCUGUCUGUCUGUCAACAUGGGCCUGAGAUGGAUGGAUGGGGUGACAUGCGCCGACCGACGUGCAGCGGCCUUUCUGUCAUGCCUCCCUACCCUACGAGCGUGUGGCUUGCCCAGCAGCUCACCCCGUUUACAGCCUCCCUCCUCUAUCUGCAUACUCUCUCUUUAUUUCUUUCUUCCACAUCUGUCUGUCUGUAUUUGUGUUUGCUCAAGGGGCCUUCCUUCCUUGACUGAGCGGGGGCGCGCGCAGGCAUGCGUGGAUGAUGCGCCGGUUAGUCAGUCGCCUGACACGCACUGUAUCUGGUGUGUCUCCCCUCCCUACGUCCGACCGAUGUACGUGCAGCUGCUGUGACGUCAUGUCAUGUGUGCCUGGUUUUUCCUGCCUGCCUGCCUGCCUAGUCGUGUGUAGCGGCCGGCGUUGUAAUGACAGAUGCGGAAGCGGGCGAGUCGGCCGGGCACACUCUUUCUGAACACACUCAAUGCAUAUAUGGAUGGACGGCACACGGACACACGGACACGCGGAUACGGGGCCUCUAAUUUUGCCACAUGAACACAUGGGCGCUGUGUGUGAAUGUAUGUAUUUCUGUCUGUAGGUAGGUAUGUGAGAUGGACCGACCGAUCGGCAUUGUUUGUUUCUUGCCAACCCUCCCCUGCCAUCCCCUGCGGGCUCGCGGGGCUAUGCUAUGUAUCCACGUCCAUGGGUGUGUGUGUGUGUAUGGUAUCCAUUGCAAUGUGUGUAUGUUAUGUGCACGUGCGCAUCCUCGUUUCGUUGGUCGGUGCGUACGGUUGCUUGCGUCAGUCAUCCUAUCCUCUUCUUGUCGUCUCGUGUGUCUUCUUCGCUCAUCCUCGGUCGCGCUCUCAUGUGUGGUUCGUUUGCUCAUGUUUGCUCGAACUUUUUCUAACUGUGUUGUGUAUCCGGCGCAGAGAGGUCUCUCUUGUCUCCUUCCUCCUGAGAAAGACCAAACCGCCCGCCCGGGGGGUGGACAGUGGGUGGGUGGAUGGAUCCGUGCUAAUGCAAUGCACGCAGGCAUGCGCGCGCCAUUUUGGUCUGGGCUGGGCGGCUUCUGUGGUCGUGCGGUGCGGUGGGCUGGCUGCAGACACAGAUGGACGCACACAGACACACCAAUGACAUCAACGGAUGGUCAUAGAUACAGGCAGCCAGGCGGCAGAGACAGGCAGGCAGGCAGACAGACAGGUUGUGUGCGCACUGGACGGCGUGGCGUUUUGGGGCGGGCGGCAUUUUGUCGACGGGUGGGUGGGGUGGGUGCAUCCAUUCACCAGGCCGGCCACCGGCCCUAUGUGUUUUACCUACCUACCUACCUACCUGCAUUCAGUGAAAAUCUCGAUUGGUGGAUGGCUGAAUACACAGUAAAGAGUGUUGUCCUUUACGCGUUCAGACGUGCGGCCUGCCUUCCUGCCUGCCUGGUGUACAUGAAUCAAAGAAAUGCAUGGCGGGGAGGGGGGAGGGGAGGGGGCGUUUGUGUCGUGUUGUGUGUGUCUCUGCGUGGUUCGUGUUUUCUUCUAGACACCUACCUGAAUCACCUCACAAGCAGGUAGUGGUAGCUAACGCUCUUCCGGAUGCUCUAUGCUCUAACCACACACGGCUCUUUUGUCCUCGACUGACCGACUUGGUCGCUCUCAUCUCAUCCACCCAUCGCCACACUCUCUCUCACUCACGCACGCACAGCUCAGCUGUCUUUCACUCACUCACUCAUCCAAUCGUGACUGUGUAUGUUAUGUAUCGGCGUCGGUCUAGGUCUGGUCCAUCCAUCCAUCCAUCCCACUCACGGACGGCUACGGUGCCCUCUCACCCACCCCAGCCCGCCCUUUUGUUUUCUUCUCUUCCUUUUCUCUCGCGCAGACAAAGAGUCUGUCUGUUUAGAGCACACAAGCGGGAUCAUUCGUGCCGUUCUCGCCUGCCUGCCCACAGACGCUGGCCUCCCUCUUUCCCCCUCCCCGAGGCGUGUGGGCAGGCCGGUGUGGGAUCGGCCGAGUGGCUCCGGCUAUGUCUGUGUGGCAGGCGCCUCUUUUCUUGUGUGGGCGGGGCGGAGGGAGGCGGGAUGGGACACAUUUGGUCGGUCUGGCUGUCAUGUGCUGAGGGUCGUUGGCUUGUUAGUGCAUCUAGUGUGUCUUCCCUGGCUGUCUGUCUGUCUGUCUGGGUGGAGUGAGAGUCGCCGCCUGUCUGCCUGCCUGCCUGCCUGCGAAUUGAGUGAGUGGAGUGCGUGCGUGGUGCCCGUGAUGAUGGUGGCGACGCGACGCGAUGCGAUGCGAGAGUGUGACUGUGUGGAGCUGAGAGAGAGGACACAGGAUGUCAUAAAUUCUGUCCGUGGUACAUAGAUAGCUUGAUAGAUAGGUACAUACAUGCGGAUGGAUGGAUGGCUUAUUCGUACAGCUAUAUACAUACGUUGUCUGUCUUGUCUGUCUUGUCUUCUUGUCUUCUUGUCUUCUCGUCUCGUUCUUUCUUUCUUGUCUUGCUGCUCGCCUUGCAUGGCAACCUACCUACCUACCUACCUUGAUUGAUGGAUGGGCUGAUGGACU